AUGAGUCAGGAUCCGCCUCCGGAAUUUCAGCGCGUCUCGCGGGCUCAGGUGUUGCGUGCAGACAGGCAGUGUUUCCUAGAGCUUGCGCGUGUGUGCAAUGGCAACUUAAAACCAGGCCCUGACGGUGCCCUCCCAGUGGACAAAGAGUUUGAGAAGCUUGAGUUCAACACCAGUGUGAUGUAUUUUCUGUUGCCCGUGAAAGGCCGAGGCAAGGGGGGAGGCAAGCAAGACAGGGACGGUAAGGGUCGUAAGCGUAAAACCCACGGCGAUGAGGAUAGCCCAGGUAAGAAGGCCAAGAUUACCCGCGACCCCAUUCCGGAAGUCUUGAAAGGCAUGUUGAUAGUGCUAGGGUGCAAAACGCAAGCAGGGGUCAACGAUGCUCGGGAGAAAGCCUGGUCGGCUGGGGCGUACUCCCAGGGCACUCUGUGUGGCUUGCGCAGAAAUACCAGGACCUUUCCGAACGCUGUCAGAGCAGCUGUGCGGCUGCUGCGCGCCCGCUUCCCACAUGCGACUUUUGCCACCGUUGCUAUUUACUCUAAUGUGUGUACUCCUAUGCACAGGGAUGCCAACAACUUGGAGGGCACUGCAAAUUACAUGGUGCCUGUUACUAGCUUCGGGAAGGGUGGCAUUUGGAUUCAGGAUGACAAGGGCCCGCGUGCCCGUGCCACUCCUCUUGGCAAGGCGAACGGUCGUGUCCUGCAAGUCUGCGAGGGGCCUGUCGAGUUCGAUGCACGUCGGUACCAUUGCACAUUGCCGUGGGAGGGUUCCAGAGUGGUCCUGGUAGGAUUCACUCCGAAUCGCAUCUCUUCCCUGAAGGAUGACGAGGUGACGGUGCUCAAGGACUUGGGCUUCCCUGUGCCAGGACAUCCGGUCACCGAUGCAUGCGCGACUACCAGCCCGUGUGCAAAUCAGCCGUGCAAGAGUGGGGAGCAUGAUCCUGGGGUGAGCGCCGGGCAACCGCUGACCCCAGUGACAUUUGGGUUGAGGAGAAAGUGGCUUGACAAAUGGACCGCACGCGCAGCCGAGAUCACGAAGGCUCCGGAUCCCUCCUGGGAUAUCAGUGAUCCGCAUAUGCAUCAUGUCUUGUGCAAGAAGCGCUUGCAAUUGCUCGAUGAGAUCAUUGCGGCUGAGGGGUAUGAGGAUGUUAAUCUUGCAAGAGAUAUUUGGUCGGGUUUUGACUUGGUUGGCAAAUCGCCUGUAUCGAAUGUGCUGCCGCUGAAGGUCACUCCUGCAUCUCUUCAUCCAGAUGAUUUGCAAGAUGCCGCUCCCCGUGCCAAUGAGGCGCUCAAGAUCUCAUUGGGUUCCUCCGGGGAAAGAUAUCCAGCUGGCGUGCCUUCGACCUUGGCUUAUCGGCAAUUGUGUGUUGCUGUGCGCUCCCGGGGAUUCGCAGCGAUUGCAGUGUAUAAUCCGCACAAGCAGAGAACCGAACUUUUCACCCAGAUCUGUUUACCCUUCGGCUCACGAGCAUCGGUGAACGGCUUUAUUCGCUGCUCUCGGUGCAUUCAAUGGAUUGCCAAUCGCUGCCUCCUUGUGCCGACGACUUCCUAUUAUGAUGACUUCAUUGUUGCUUCACCGGAUUGUCUGGCUGAUAACACAGGUACCACUAUGGAAUUGCUGUUCCAACUUCUGGGUUGGAUUUUUGACCUUGAGGGGCCUAAGGCCGAUGUUUUCUCCCGUCAGGUAUCUGCCUUGGGACUUCACUUUGACUUGGAAGCUUCGGGCGAUGGCAUCGUCACAGUUGGCAACACCGAGAAGCGCAGAGGUGACCUCAGAACACUUGUGGAGAGUAUUCUUGAGGAGGGCGCGCUAUCCUAUAAAGGAGGCCUUGAGUUGCGGGGCAAGCUUUCUUUUGCGAGCUCGCAAAUUAUGGGCAAAGCAGGGCAUUAUGCGUUGAAGCAUAUCAGCUCGCAUGUUCAUGCCUGGCCUUUCGUUGCUAAGCUCACGGCUGCUACUCGUGAUGCCCUUAAUUUCCUUUUGGAGCGCAUCAUACUUCAUGGAGAACCAAGGCGCAUUACGAAACCUCUGGGACACCCGUGGUUUGUUUUUACCGAUGCCAGCUUCGAGCCUUGCUUCGUUGGGGGAUUAGGCGGUGUUCUUAUCUCUCCUUCCGGUUCGGUGGCCAGCUGGUUUGGGUUGCCUUUGUGCGAGGGUGACAUUCGACCGUUGCUUCCCGUCGAUGCGAGCACAGGCAUUGGCGAGUUGGAAACAGUGGCAGUCGUCGUCGCUUUUAUGCUGUGGAGCCAGCGACUGUCCUCGGCUGAGUGUAUCGCAUAUCUUGAUAACGAGGAGGCACGCUUUGCCCUGAUCAAAGGGUACUCUGCUUCGUGGGCGAUCACCCGCAUUUGCCAUAUCUUUGUUAAAACUUGUGAGCAGCACACCCUGCUUCCAUGGUGUGCUAGGGAAAGAACCGGCCCCGGAAGGGAGCCGCAGCUUUGCAAUCGCAGGAUCGAGCGCCGCAGCACGCUCUCCAUCAACUGA